UGAGAACAAAAAGGGGAAUUACUCUAUGUUUUAUUGCAAUUUAUUCCGAUCAGAGGAGCAGUGCAUAAAUUUAAAUAUUUUUAUUUCAUCGACUUGAAUUGAAAUCCUAAUUGGUAAUUUUAGCGAAGAUUUUUUUCUAUGGAUAUAUUUGAGGCACACAACGAAGGACCUGGUUUCGUUGGAAUUCGUUUUUGUAAAGAAUGGUAGGAUGUUUUGGUUGUUAAAUAUUUUUUUCUAGACCUCUGCCUCUGUUUUUAUUUAUUUAUUUGUUUUUGUAUUUCAACACACACAACUCUGGUAGCUGGUGGUUUUGCGUGUGUAUUCGGAUGUAUAACUGCAGUUAAGUAGGUCUAAGCUAAUGAUGAUCAAAUGAAAAUAGUAAUAAAUAGGCUAGGUCUAAUUCAAUCUUAUUUACCAUAAUUAAGGCCGGAAAGGCCUAAGCCUAAACUUAAACUCAAAUAUAAAUAAAUAAUUGUCAGUAAUUGUCGCAAUUAAAUUGACCAAAACCUCCAUAAAUCAUAAGUAAAAAUAAAGUUUAAAAAUUAACCAACUUUCUAGUUGAAAAAAAAACUUGUGUCAAAAGUAUUUAAUGUUUUACAAAGAAAAAAGAUCAUCCGAAAACUGUUUGAAGUGUUUGUUCAUCAUAUUAUAUAUACCAGAAAUGUUUCUAAUUUUACUAUUACUUUUGUAGAAUUGAACAUAUUUCUUUUUCAUGUAAAUGUCCAGAGUAUCUAGAAUUGGUUGAAAUGAAGUACCCUUAAGUAUCAUCAAUUAUUAGCGGUCAUGUACAAGGCUGGCGUACAAAUAUCUCGUGCAUAAUAUUAAUAUCUCACGCAACUUUGUUACAGCGAUCAUGUGACUUGGUCGAAUAUAUAUAUAUAAUAGCUGGACGAAUAUCUCGGGAACUUAUUCGUCCGGUCGCCAGACAUAUAGAUACGUCGUAUAGAAUAUUAAAGAUAAAGGGAAUUAGGCUAAAAAUAAUUUUAGUAGGCCUAUGACCUAUAGAAUAACCCAUAAGUAUAACUUUAAGUAUUAAGGAUGACCAUUCAUAUGUUUUUACCAGUACAGAACUGGUUCUGGGACAUUUGACUUAGUAAAUCAUGACUUAAAUCAUGAGUUGUAGACAGUGGGUUAAAGACUACAAUAUAAAAAUGGUGGCCGUGGGAAAACAGGGUGGCGCUGAUUGCGUAAAUUGACCAAAUUAUUAAUUUGACAAAAGAUCAAGUAAAUCAGGUAUCUAUUAUUACCAAAAUAUCUAGGCAUAAAUAAAUGAAACAACUUUAACAAAUAUAAUUCAUCCAAAUUAGCAUCUUGAUAAUUUUUUUUUUUCAAAAGAAAGCAUCACAUAAAGAAGAGUUCUUCAUGUAGCCACAAAUAAAUUUUUAUUUUUGAUACCCAUGGCGCAUGGCGCCAAAACAAUAUUUAAUGCCCUGGUUAAAAUUUUAAGAUAUUAUUUUAAAUUUGGAAUAAUAAAAAAAAACCUUCUCCUUAGCCAUAAGUUAGAAGAAUAAGACCUGACUUGCACAAAAAACUAUUUGACAGCUACUUAAAAAUUUAUGCCACAGUACCAUUUUUAUUGGCCACAUAGUGCCUGGUGAUUUUGAAGGACCUAUGGAACUUGAUUUUUAAACAGUUUUAUCUAUAUUUGACAUGAAAUAUUGACAACUCUACCACUCACUAUUAUUGGAUUGACCCUUACCUUCUUCCCCUAAAAAAUGAACUCUGAGGGUUCAAGUUCAAUUAUAAUAUUUAAUAUUAUGUAGGCAUAUUUUAAAUGUGUUCGAUUCUGUUAAAUUAAGUAAUGGUACAAGUUAUCAAUUUCAUUGUCAUGUAGCCGUAGCCCCUGGGGACUCCUGGUAUAAGCUUUAAGAAGUUUAUGCUGGGAAUAUGAGUAAGGUCUUUCAAAUUUAUGAUCUUAGGGCCCAUAAUAAAAUCAUAUUGUAUAUUCUUUAUCCCUUUAAACUGUAUGAUAAUUUGAUAUUAGUGAUAUGGAUUUUUAAAAAUUAAGUCCUUAAUAGUUUCAUCAUUUCAUCUUAGUAUACAGGUGCUAGACAUUUUAGAAGCAUUCUAACACAUUUCAAAAAAUUUUAUUAGUGAUGUUGAAUCAUAUAAUUUAUAUGGAUGUUCUUAUGACAGUAUUAUGCACUUAAUAAUACACUAUCAUUUGCAGCAACAAUAUGCUGUACCCUAAAGAAGACAAGGAAAACAGAAUUCUAUUGUAUGCAGUGAGUCCGAAAAAAUUAUUUCACUUCAAACUAUAUUAUCUUUUAUAUAUUUUUUUUGUAGGUUUUGAAAAAUCGCUUGCAUUAAAAUUCUUGAAUAUUUUGAUAAAACUAUGUUUAAAGAGUCAGUCCAGUACAGGAGGAACACUUUACUUUUGAAAAAAAAACUAAUAAUAAUUUAUUUUGUAUUUUUACCUAGUGUCGGAAUUGUGAUUACCAACAAGAAGCAGAUAAUAGGUGCAUUUAUGUCAAUAAAAUUAUGCACGAGGUUGAGUAAGUAUUUUUGUUGUGGUACAACAGCACUUUGCCAUUGUACCUUUAAUGCUCAUUGUUACAUUUUUAAAAAAGCCUAUUUAAAUAGACUACGAGUAUUUGAAAUAUUGUCACAAGUAUAAAGUAAUGACAGUAAUUUUGAGUACCGGGUAAUCAAAGUUUAGGAUAAGGGCAUCCAUUUUUAAAAAAUAAAAAUGCUGUCAUUUUUCACUUAGACAACCCUCUCCUUAUUAACCAAAGUACUUGGUUCACUCCUUUUUCUGUUUAACUAGUCUGGAUGUCAAUCUUUUAAUGUAGUGUAUAUGUAGUGUUAGCCCAAGGAAUUUAGCCCUCAGAAGCAGCAUUAUAUUUUCAAUCCCUAUAUUUGAUGUUUUCUAAUGUGAUAUAAUAAUUUCAUUCCACCUGUUUUAGAAAUUGUUAAAAAAAUGUUUAUUUUAGAAGCUUUUCCUAUUUCUGUUUUAAAAACAUUAUCAGAAAUUGGUUUACACACAAACUUUUUUAAUAAAUCUUGUGAUAUUCAUAUACAUUAAAUUUAAUAACAACAUUAAUUCAGUUAUUUGACCCGAUAGCAUUUUCAUCCAUUUGUUUUAAAACAGUGAGCUCACACAAAUAGUUGGAGAUGUAGUUGCUGACCCAACAUUGCCUAGAACAGAGGACCACCCCUGUCCAAAAUGUGCCCACAGAGAAGCUGUUUUCUUUCAGUCACACAGCACUAAGGCUGAAGUAAGCUAAUUUCAAAAUAUACAAGAGCUAUUUGGAAUAAGUACAGUACUAAAAGUUGAUGAGAUUAAUUUUUAUAUGGUGUUUUAAGAACAAACAAAAAUGUUAAGGUCUUUAUAUUCCAGUUUUCUAUUUCCUCAACAGGAAGGUAUGCGGCUAUACUAUGUUUGUACCAACACUCAAUGUAUGCAUCGAUGGACAGAAUAGUUUUUUUAUAGUUGAAAUUAAAUGAAAAAUGUAUGUGACAGAAAGAAUUUUAAAUGGCUUAAAUAGAAAUAAAAUGUAUUUCACCAUUUAUAUUGUCUCGUUUUACUACUAUUAGAAAGCAUUUUAGCU